GUCAAAUGGAAACAACACCCAUGGUGGGGGCUCAGGUGACGGUUUGGUCACUUGGCCAUGACCAUGCACCACGUCCCGGUGGCCAUCGCGGUGCCGAUUACACCGACGAGUGACUACAUCGAUCUCCCACAAGCGGAGCUAAGGUCAAGCGAUGCCACCAACGCCGCCGUAGCAAUGGCGAUUCACGUCUCCGACGCUUCUGCGCCGCCAACACGCGUCCCACCUGCCCCCCAACCUGGUCUCGAAGCAAGGCUCGACUUCCGAAAAGCUGUGAUUUUCCAGCUCCUGUACUUCACCGUGAGCUUUGUGUUGUUCCUCCCGCCGUGGUUUCCUUCAGCCCUGGCAUGCGCGUUUGGACUCCUCGGAAUGUUCGCCAGUGACCUGCAUGUGGAUGUUCGACGACAGCGCGCGUCGUUGUUCGUUGCUAUCCUGAAUGGCGUCUUAGCCAUGUGCUUUUUGUCCGACUUGGUCUUCAGCUCGAUGAAGGCCUCCAUCGAUGCUAUUGACCUGGACUAUGCACAUGCAAUGCUGUGGGUACUGGACAUCCCAGUUUUGCUAUAUACCGCGUCCAAGGCCAUGGGAUACUACAAGGAGCUUGUCGCGGAGCUUGCAUGCGGCGUGACUGUCGUCGCAUUUGCAUCGCCACAAGUCACGCAAAGGUGAGUAUAUCACGUUGCCCUGCCUGUGUCGCCUUGACGUUUGCCAUGAACCCUCCUCGCCAUUCUAGCGAGAUUAAGGACAAAUUAUUAUUGCCGUGGUGCAUGGCUAAGUUUCCCUCGUCGCUACAUUUAUUAUACUCAUGGCUCGUGCCCUCAUAUCCC